GAGCUAGAACAGCGAGCCCGGGGGGCCGAGGUGCAGGCAGGACGAGUGAGCGCGAGCGAGCAAGCGAGCGAGCGAGAGAGCGAGCGAGAGAGCGAGAGAGAAAGAAAGAGAGAGAGAGAGAGAGAGAAAGCGAGCAAGCGAGCGAGCCCAGGAUGUCAUCGAGAAGAGGCGACGAGGUAGAGAUGGUCAGCAGGUUCCUCGCGCCGCUCUGCGCCCGCGACGAGGCCGCCAGGAACAUCGCGUUGGCGGCCGCCCGCACGACCGUCGAGGGUUGGCUCGGAGGCGUCGGCAGUCCGAACAACAACUGGGAGUCAGCGCUGCUGAGCAAGGUGCCUGGCAACGCCAGUCAGCGGGCUCAGGCCAGGGACAGCUUGGACGGCUUUUUCCCGCAGAGCGUGAAGGAGGGCAGCGCGAUAUUCGGGCGUAAAGCGAGUUUCGAUGACCGCUACCCGUCUUUCGACUGCGUCGACGGCAAGCUCAAGGACGCGGAGGCGCGAUUCAGUUCGAGUGCCGACACUGAUAGGCGGCUGUUCCCCGUCGCGAGCGACGCCUGCGGCGGCUUCAGCGACGACGCGGACAAACCGGCGAGGGGACGACCCUUCGCCAGAAUCAAGAGUGGCAGGCAAAAGCUGUUCGACGAGGAAGAUGAAUUGGACGCCGACACGAAGGUCUACGGCAAGAGCCCCAAAUUCGAUAUCGAUUUUGGCAACCGCCUGCAGCAGCAGCAGCAGCAGCACGAUGACAAUGCUGGUGAAAAAAUCGUGUUCAACACUCUUGACGGCUUUCUCAAUGACGGCAAGAGCAGCAGUCCCGAGGCCGAGUCCGAGAGGAAAUUGAGCGCUGGACAGAUCAAGAGACCACUCUCGCUGGACGAGGAUGUGCCCUGGAAGAGCAACCGCGUCGCCGAAGUCGUCACUCCCGGCGACGUCGGCAGGAUGUUGAAUUUGGGCAACGCUCUGGAUGGACCAAGGCACGUUCAGGCUAACAAGUACCUCAGCAUGGUCAGCCUGCAUUUGCCGGUGAUAUUGAGGCUCAGCGUCAACUGCCCGUUCGAGAACGUCAGGAUCAAGUGCUCGGAGAUCAUUCAGAUGAUUAAGGACCGAGGUUUGCCAGUACCAGAACCAGCAUUCGAUGGACCCAGUGCAUUUGUGCCAGUGUCAGAGCUGCCAGACCUCAACAAUCUGGACGAGAAGACGCACGUGCUGCUGAUGGACGCGUUCUUACAGAACAACAGGCUGGAUCAUGUGUCGCGCGUCAUGUCCUCGCAUCCUACCUAUCUGGACCACUUUUUGCGCACGCAGAACUUCAUACUCAGAGGCGACGGUCCGUUGCCUUACGACUAUCGACAUCUUAUCGCCAUCAUGGCGGCCGGUAGGCAUCAAUGCAGCUACCUGAUCAAUCUUCAGAAGACGGAGUUUUUAAACCAAAGCGGUGACGAGACUUGGCUGCAGGGACUCAAAUCGAUACCAAGGAAACUGCAAAAUCUCUACGAGAUCAACAAGAUUCUCGCGCACAGACCGUGGCUACUCAACAAAGUACACAUCGAGAAAUUGACGAAAGGCGCGGACAGCUGGUCGUUAGCGGAGGUGGUGCACGCGAUAGUGCUGCUGGCGCAUUUCCACUCGCUGUCGUCCUUCGUCUUCUCGUGCGGCAUCAACGAGGAGCUCGACAACGCGCUCGGACAUCACUACAAAGAGAACAUUCAGGCGAACAGCAACGUUCCGAAACCGCUGGAGAUAAAAUUGUCGAGCAGUCCGAAGCGUAUACCAAAUGGAAUGGAGAAAGACGAGAAACAACCGUCACCACCAUCGUCGCCGAGUAUAUUGGGCGAGCAAGAAGUCGGCGUUGAGACACUCAUGGAACGCAUGAAGCGUCUGUCGGAGAAAUCAGGGUCCUAUCAGAUCACCCAGGAGGAGCUGUCGAAACGCUUCGAGACCGUGGAAACGCAGUCGGCCGAGCUCGCAGCGGCGCCACAGCGCAGCAGCUCCGUACUCGACUCCGAUAUUGGUUUGUUCAUCGAAGAUCCGACAUUUAUCUAUCAAGACUUCGCUAAGCGUGGCCAGUUGAACGACAUCCCAACUUUCCGCGUGCAAGACUAUUCAUGGGACGAUCACGGCUAUUCGCUGGUAAACAGACUGUACAAUGAUGUUGGUAAUCUAUUGGACGACAAAUUCAAGACGGCCUACAAUCUGACUUACUACACCAUGGGUACGCACAACAAAGUGGACACGUCGCGUUUCAGGCGGGCCAUUUGGAAUUACAUACAGUGUAUGUUCGGCAUCAGACACGAUGACUACGAUUACAACGAGGUUAAUCAACUUCUCGAACGUAGCCUUAAAACUUUCAUCAAGAGUGCCGUUUGUUAUCCCGAACGUGUCACCAAGAGGGAUUACGAUCGUGUCAUGAGGGAGUUCAAACAUAGCGAGAAGGUUCACGUGAAUCUAAUGAUCCUGGAAGCUCGCAUGCAAGCAGAGCUGUUAUACGCCUUACGCGCAGUGAUGCGUUACAUGACCUAACUGCUCGCGCGGACCAGUCCAGUUUGCAAGGUUUUUCUCUCACAAGGCCUGACUCCCGAUGAUGGGCGCCAUGCAGAGGCUAGUAAAACAUUACUCAUACACAGUGACACAAACAUAAAAGUUAAUACCUCUCGAUGUCCGCGUGCAAACGGAGGUGGAUAAUUAUUAAAACACCAACAGAGGACGAAAAUUUGUAAUGAGCAAGAGAAAAAGCCUUUGAAACUGCGAGAGGAGAAAGUUGCGAGAAAAUUAAGUGAUUUUUCGAUUUGAUCGUCAUUCUCGUAUAUGCGUCCAAUCGAAGUUUGUUGCUGUAGAUGAUAUUCUUAUAAUUUUACUUCACACAAUUACUUUUUUUAACAGUUUCAAGUUAUUAAUUUGCGUUUUUUUAACGAUAAAAAGAGAUCCUAAACAAGCGCGCGCAAGAGAGAGAAAGAGAGAGAGCGAGAGAGGGAGAGAGAGAGAGAGAGAAGGAACUUUUGUAAAUAUUGAUUUGAUAAAUGAUCAGUUUUAAUUUGCUUCUCAGGCAGAAGAACCGUUCGACUGACCGCGUCAAGAGAUCAAAUUCUCAUUGAAGAAAAGAAAUUUUUAUUAUUUUUUUAUUGUAAUUAUCAAAUGAAAUUUAUGUAAAAUAUUAGUUUAACAAAAAAAUCGAUAUCACUUCUUCGUUACCUUUGAUUAAAUUUUUCUUUUUUAAUAUAGAGAAUCAACCUAAAACAUCGAGAACGUGAUUUUUUUUUUAAAUUUGACAAUAUCGUCGGACGAGUCGUUGAAUAACGACUUUUUUUAGAUUGUAAUAGACAUUGUAGUGAUACUUUAGAUCUUGAAAAUCACGAUGAAAGCGAACAAAAAAGUACGAUAAUUCAUUGUACGUCACGUCGAGGUUAAAUUUAUUUUAAUCAUCAAAUGCCUUGUUUUUUAUUUAAAAAGAUAUUUUAACAUUAAGUUUUUCAAAAUAAUGAUUUCAGGUUCCAAAGUAUCUCAAUUGUUAAAAAUAUAACAUGGCAUUUUUAUUAUAAAGGCCAAAAAAUUUCAUUGCUCUUGAUUUUUUUUCGGAAUAAAAUAACGUCAACGAGCUUGGAAGAUGUCAACGCAUCUUUUAAUAAAUUAAAGACAGUUGAAGAAAGUAUACAUCAUUCAGUAAUUUCGAAAUAUUUCUCAUACGUAAUUGAAUAUUUCAAAUACAGAUAAUUAAUUAAUCGUGACAUGACCAACAUUUUUGAAAAAUGGUUGUAACGAAGAAGAGGCUGUUUUAUCAAAUCAAAUUUAUAUAAUUACAAAUAUAGGUAAAAUAUAUAACGUGUAAAUAAUAAAUAUUAUGUAUUGUAAUAUACGAAGAGACAUAGUUACAUUAUGUAAAUUAUAUUUAAAUUAUAUUCUGUGAUUUAAUAAGUUUAGCUUGCAAGAAAGAAUAUUUAAAUUUUUAACAUUAUUCAUUCUCCCAAAAAGAAAUAAAGUCAUGGAACAAGAAUUUGUUUUUUUUUCUCAUUACGAAAAAUGGAAUGUAAAUAAUUUCUUGAUAAGGUGAAAGAAACAAAAAGUAACAAGUGAAAUUCACAUAAACGGUAAAAAAGGCGACUAUGAUGUCUCUUUGUAUUGUAUGUGUGAAGUUAAACUUAGUGAUUGGAUGUGUGAUUUUGAGGCUCAUGUAAUUCAGUGUUUUGCGUCCAUCGUUAGGUUCGGCGCAGUUUAAUGUCAGAUGUAAGAUAAUCUCACUAGAAAGUUAUAUAUCGUCAUAGCAAUUUCAAAAAAGAAAAAAAAUUACAGCCUUGGAAAAUAGGAUAUGGCAGGAUAUAAUGGAAAAUAAAAUAACCAAACGUCAGAUGUUUAAGAAUCCUUUCGAAAUAAAAAAAAACAAAGCUAUUUUUGACCAAUUCAUACAAACAUACACACACGACUCCUAUAAUUAGCAUCGACAUAUCAAACGGAGUCCACAGUACAUAUGAGAUUCAUCACCUUUUGAAACCUCAAGAAUAUCUUGAGAAAUAUUAAAAACAAGAUAAGAUUUCAUUAGAUUGUAAGCGCUUCGAUAAGUAAGAUGAAUCAGUAGAUGAAAGAAAUAAUUAAGAAGUUGCUGUGUUGAACCAAAAUUUCACUGUGGACGUAACUAAUUAUCAUUCGAUAUCGCCGCCUUAUAUGUACGCGCCUUAUUUCUCAUUUUCAUUGUGCACGCGAGAAUGAGAAGCGAGUAUUCGACUCCUCCUCGUGUCUCUAUAAUACAUUACGUUUAAAAUGUUUUUUUCCGCUUCGUUUUCCUCCGUCUUGUCAAAAAAGUGUGUGACUGUGAACUUUAUAUUAUUUAACAUUAUUAUUAUUAUCGUCGUUUCUUUCCUCAAAGAGUUGCAACUCUUUAUUGUAUACGGCCCACGGAGAAUUCGUGUCUGGCUGAAUCUAUUAUUUAAGUUGUAAACGCAAAAAAGUGGCCUCGGCGGAACAUGUGCGUGUUAUCCACCGAGCCGAGCCGAUCUCACUAAGAGUGCAAGCAACCGAGGAAAGUGCGUUUCACAUGUAAACCAUUUUUCGACUUGUUUGCGAAUGGAGUGAUUGAGCAUAUAUGUAUUAAAUUGUGAUGAGGAAAACGAAUCGAAGAAGAGACCGAUCGAUUGAUUGUAAAGAUUGUCCCUAGUAACUUCGUCAACGAAACGUCGAGCAUUAUAGUAUGACUGUGUUUUACCGUUGGCGAGGUAACUCUUGACAAAUCUUCGAUGGCCAUUUAGUGAUUAGUGAAUCCUAAUUUUAUACUUUUUUUUCGUCCCCCUAUCGCAAAUUGCAGCGAGGAUAGCAUCUAACUCUCGC